AUGGUGCGUAGGUCUUUGGCUUUUCUGGAUUGUUGGAGAGAUGCUAAUGAAAAGCUGCAGGUUGGUGUUGGCCACAAACACACACAUGUCGUGACCUCUUGGGCAAAACCUGUGCUUGGGAGGCUCAAACUCAAUACUAAUGCUGCGUUAAGGGAGGUGGAUAAUGCAAUGGGGUUUGGAUGGGUCUUGCGGGAUGAUGGUGGUAAUUUCCUUGCUGCUAAGAAUGUCAUAGUACCCGGGUUGUAUACUGUUAGGGAGGCAGAGGUGCUUUCUAUACGAGAGGCGUUGAGUUGGCUGAAGGGCACUGGUUUGGGUGCGGUAGAUGUGGAAACUGAUUGUAAGAUUGUUUUUGAUGCUUUAACUUCGGAUUCUUUUAUUUCUGUUUUUGGCUAUUUAGUUGAUGAUGUAAAGAGCUUGGCAUUUGAGAUUGAGGAUGUGCAGUUCUGUCAUGUUAAGCGAUCUGCGAAUUGUGCUGCCCACGCUGUUGCUAGGGAGGCCUUUUCUGCGUCAGGUUGCAGUGAAAAUAGAAAAGAGAAACCCAGAAUAAGAUUCAUCAUCCUCACAAGUUACAACAACCGCGAUAAACUCGGGAUAAAUGGCAAAAUAGUUAAAUCCUCUCUUUCGUUUCUUCAGUUGACGACUCACGACGGCAACCACGGUGCACUCGGGCUACCGGUUACGAGUGUCGACAUUCUCCACUUCUCUUUGAAUAUUCGGGGACAGGGUUAUGAUGGUGCAAGUAACAUGCAUGGAAAAUGGAAUGGAUUGAAAGCUUUAAUCUUGGAUGAAUGUCCUUAUGCUUAUUAUGUUCAUUGUUUUGCACAUCGAUUGCAAUUGGCAUUAGUAGCUUCAUCAAAGGAAGUCAUCCUUGUCCAUCAAAUUUUCACCAAGUUGAACUCUAUUAUUAAUGUUGUUGGGGCAUCAUGUAAGCGCAAUGACCAGUUGAAAGUUGCUCAUGCCUCAAAUAUUGCUCAUUUGCUUAGUAUUGAUGAGCUAGAAAGUGGGAGAGGUCUUAAUCAAAUUGGUUCUUUACAAAGGCCGGGUGAUACUCGUUGGAGUUCUCAUUUGAAGUCUAUUUCAAGUUUGAUGAGAAUGUAUAGUGCAACAUGUGAAGUUUUACUUAAUAUUGUUGAAGAUGGAACUACACAUGCUCACCGUGGAGAUGCCGAUGCAGCUUAUGAGUCUUUUUGUGAAACUGUCAACAUAAUUUUGCCAGAUUUUGAUGCUCAAUAUAUUGCAAGAAGGGGAAGGGCUAGGCAUCAACAAGAUGAAUUAACAAUUGGGCAUCAUUACAAAUUUGAUAUUUUUAAUGCCGUGAUUGAUUCUCAAUUGCAAGAGUUGAGAAAUAGGUUUGAUGAUAAAGCAAUGGAGUUAAUUAUUCUGAGUUCAUCGUUAGAUCCAAAAGAGAUGCGUAUAUCAUUCAGAAUUGAUGACAUUUGCAAGUUGGUGGAGAAGUUUUACCCUCAAGACUUUGAAGAUUAUGAGAUUUUACAACUGAGAACGCAACUUGAACAUUUUGAACAUGUGCAACAACUUCCUGAUUUCAUAACACUAGAAAGUAUUUCUGAUCUAUGCCAAUGGUUGGUGAAAACUAGAAAAUCGAACAUCUAUCCACUUGUGUUCAGAGUAGUAACUCUCAUUCUCACACUUCCAGUAUCUACAGCUACUACAGAACGAUCUUUUUCUGCCAUGAAUAUAGUAAAGACUACACUCCGUAACAAGAUGGAAGAUGACUUUCUUAAUGAUUGUUUCGGUGAUAACUCCAGGCGGUUGCAGCAGGAGACGAUUGAGCAGCAGAUUGAAGCGAAACAACAAGAGCAGGCAGAGGCUUAG